AUGAAGGUAAUCAAAGCGCUUUACGACUACCAACCCGAGCUGGGAACCUCGCAGGAAUUGGCAUUCAGCAAGGGAGAUUUCUUUCACGUUAUAAGCAGGGAGGACGAUUCGGAUUGGUACGAAGCGUGCAAUCCGCUGAUCCCUAGUGCUAGGGGGCUUGUACCCGUCUCCUUUUUUGAGGUUAUCGGCAAAAACGAGAGGGAUAGUGGGGGUUCCGGCGACCUGGCCAAGGACCACUACGAUUCCGGGUUCUCCGACCGCGGUUUUUCCCAAGAUUCUCCCAUCACCAAUAACGGCGCAUUCAGAAUGUCUGCACUCAAGGGCCAAGGCGCCAUGGUUUACGGAAUUGUUCAGUACGAUUUUCAGGCGGAGCGACCCGAUGAAUUAGAUGCGAAGGCGGGCGAAGCUAUUAUCGUCAUCGCUCAAUCUAACCCGGAGUGGUUUGUCGCCAAACCCAUCGGCCGUCUCGGUGGCCCAGGCUUGAUCCCCGUCUCUUUCAUCGAAUUGCGUGAUAUGCAAAGCGGACAGGCUGUGGCCGACCCGCUUGAUGCCGUGCGACGCGCCGGUGUUCCCAAGGUUGAAGAAUGGAAGAAGAUGACGGCAGAAUACAAGAAUAGCAGUAUCACAUUGGGCAAAAUCGACCCUGGUCACGGCGGUAGCACUUCGGGUAUGGAAAACAUGUCCAUGAGCCGCCAGAGUCAAAUGAGUCAAAAUGGCAAUGUUUAUGAGCACCAACGUAAUGCCAGCAAGGGAACUUUGUCACAAGUGCCCAUGUCGCAACAGGGCUCUCAGCUUCUCAUCCCCGUCUCUGCCUACAUUCCGCGCUACUGUUUCGACAACGAUAAGUAUUGGUACAUCAUCGAGGCGAAGAUGGAAGACGGUCGCUGCUGGGAGCUGUCGCGUUACUACCACGAUUUCUACGACUUCCAGAUCGCCCUUCUGACUCAAUUUGAAGACGAAGCUGGCAACCGUGGCCGUGGACGAACCCUCCCUUUCAUGCCGGGUCCCGUCACCCACGUCACAGACGCAAUUUCCAAUGGUCGACGACAGAACUUGGACGAAUACAUCAAGAAGCUCCUGUCUAUGCCCCCGCAUAUCUCGCGUUGUCAACUCGUGUGCGAACUCUUCUCGCCCAGAGAAGGCGACUUCGAAAUCGACCCUGAAGCGUUUGGCGAGGACGCCCGGUUCUCGGAUGGAUCUCAACACUCCGUUGGCGUGGAUCCCCAACAAACCGUGUCGCGCCAGUCUUCGCAGCAGCAAAUCAACGCGUCUGUGGAGCAAGUAUCUCAGCAGCGUGCCUCGGCGCCCCCGCCACAUGCCAAUGGUGGCCCGCCGCCUGUGAAUCGUCAAACCAGUUCCAUCGCUCAGGCCCCUGGCACAUCAGCCAACAGCGCCAUGAAGGUCAAGGUGUUCUUCCAGGAUGACCUGAUUGCGAUCCGCAUCCCAUCUGGCGUGAGCAUGCAGCACCUCAAGGACAAGCUAUGCGACCGGUUGAAGAUCCAGGACGACAUUAUUGUGCAGUACCGUGACGAAUCCUCUGGCUCCUACGUCGAUCUCUUCACAGAUCAGGAUCUGGAUAACGCCAUGCAGCGGAACACCAAGCUGACUCUCUUCGUCAGCGUUGCAUAA